GCCGGUGCCGCUCUCGCUCGUCCGUCGCCCGCCCGCGCGCGCGCAUUUCCGCGCCCCCCCGCCGCCGCCGCCGCCGCCGCCGCCGCCGCUGCUGCUCCUACAUGUUCUGCUGCGCGAUCUCAGCUUUGCAAGCGUCGCUGCACAACUUCCAUGAUGUGAUCGGCCCGGAUAACCUCCCUGGUUGUUUCCGUCUGUGUGUGUGUCAGACAUCGAAGGGGCUCCGCGGUUUGCACCAUGGACGCUAAAGAGGGCAGUUGCUCGGAGCGCUAUGAGCCGGUGGCCGAGAUCGGGGAAGGGGCGUACGGCAAGGUUUACAAGGCCAGGGACAAGAACAACGAAGGUCGCUUCGUCGCACUUAAAAAAGUGCGAGUCCAGACCGGUGAAGAGGGGAUGCCCCUCUCCACCAUCCGGGAGGUGGCCGUGCUGCGGCAACUUGAGUCCUUCGAGCAUCCCAACGUGGUCAGGUUGUUUGAUGUUUGCACCGUGUCUCGAACAGACAGAGAGACAAAAUUGACUCUUGUGUUUGAACAUAUCGAUCAAGAUUUGACUACCUAUUUGGAGAAAGCCCCAGAUCCAGGAGUGCCUCCGGAAACAAUAAAGGAUAUGAUGUUUCAGCUGCUCCGAGGAUUAGACUUCCUUCAUUCACACCGUGUGGUUCAUCGAGACUUGAAGCCUCAGAAUAUACUUGUAACCAGCAGUGGCCAAAUCAAGCUAGCUGAUUUUGGUUUGGCUCGCAUCUAUAGUUUCCAGAUGGCACUUACCUCUGUGGUUGUUACUUUGUGGUAUCGGGCACCGGAAGUUCUGUUGCAGUCUAGUUACGCAACACCAGUUGACCUAUGGAGUGUUGGCUGUAUAUUUGCAGAAAUGUUUCGUCGACGUGUCCUCUUUCGUGGUAAUUCAGAUGUUGAUCAAUUAGGAAAAAUCUUUGAUGUACUUGGUCUCCCAAGUGAGGAUGACUGGCCAAUAGAUGUGGCCCUGCCAAAAAAUGCAUUUUCUACAAGAUCACCACAACCCAUACAGGACUUGGUACCAGAGAUAAAUGAACCAGGGAAAGACCUGCUGCUGAGAUUACUAACUUUUAAUCCGGAGAAGAGAAUAUCUGCUUUUAAUGCACUGUCCCACCAGUAUUUUAUGGACCAUGAGAAAUACACUGAGAAUCAGAACCAGUCUUCUUCUGGAGUGAACACGGCUUAACAUCUUCAAGUGUAAUUUUUUUGUCCUUGAAAGGAUUACUUGACAAAUCAAAUAUCUUGCAUACAGCAAUAUCUCCUCCAUAUGCUGCUUUUAAAAUGUGUCUCCAAUUUGUGCUUUCUUGAUUUCAUGCCCAAUAUUCUGAAACAAUGCAAAAACAAUUCUCAGUGUAUUUUGCAGUUUCCACCACCAUCCCUCACAUCUCCACCUUCAUCUCUGGAACAUUCUGGACUUAAUUAGCUGCUUAAUUAGCUGUGAAUGCUGCAAAUUGUGUUACCUGAAUGUGGAAUGCUGCAAAGGUGACGUUGUACACCGAAUACAAUCACUGCCAGACCUGCCAGGUUUUUAUAUGUCCAGCUGCUAAGGCCAGAAUUCAAACAUUAAAACAUUAAAAUAAAAAAGGUAUUAAAUAUCCAAACUGACGAAUGUUCUUUGAACAAGUGAAAUGGAUUACUUCAGCCAUUGUCCAUGAUACUGUGAAUACAAUGGAUUAUCUUCAAUACCAACAACUUUGACAAGAAGUUUGAAAAUCCAUUGAAGAGCUCACUUUUGUGGCAGUAUUGGAAAUAAACCAUUUUGGAGAGAAAAAAAAGAUUAAAGAAAAAUCAGAAGAAGUCCUUCACAUUUUGUUCAUGAAAAAGAAUACUAUCAAAAAUCAGGGUUAAGCUUCUGCUACUAUAGAUUUGUUGCUUGUGGUCAAUGAUAUUUUUAUAUUUAUGUCAACAGAAGAGAAAUCUUUGCUAGGGAGAAUUUGAAUGACAUUCCUGGAAUUAUCAAGCAUCCUAAUAUGAUCAACCUCUUAACACACAUCAAAAAAUAUAUUUGCAAAGUGCGAAACGUGAUGAAUAGAAGAUGUUUUGCAAAACUUACAGCAACAUUCUUCCUAUCCAGUGUGUGCAGAAUGUUAGGAGGUCAUGCCUGUUCUAUUUAGAUUUACAACCAAUUGCUAAAUUUGAAACCAGGUGAUCAUAUUUAGAAGCUGGUUUGAGGUGAUUCAAUCUAUUUGCUUAACAGUUUAAUAAAAUCCAUUGCAAUCUUGAACAGGCUUGAUAUCUGAUACCUUCAGAGAAAAGCACAAAAGUUGAGGAAUAUAACAUUUGGUUUUAAAAAUGUGUAUUUUUGUGGCCAGUUUACACUUUGGAAAUUGUCUAAAGCUCUAAGGAUAAAGUUUUUGUUCAUGGAAAACUGAGUGUGCAUCUUCCAAAGUGAAGCUGCAGUUUUACAUUGGAAAUAUUAAGCAGCAUCACUGCUGAAACAUACUGUAGGUGUGAGGCAGCACUGAUUAAAUUGAUGGAGUCCAAUGCUUCUUAACUUUCUUACCGUCAAAUUCUAUAGUGACGCAGUAGAGUGAAAAAUUAUCUAUUUCAAAAUGACUCUGGCAGUCUUAUGGAUUUGCAAUAUUAUAUUUUUGAUACAAAACUGGUGAGAACUUAAAGUAGCUUGAAAAAUGAAAAUGCUCUAAAUACUCAGCAGACCAAACAUCAUCUGUGGAAACUGAAACGUAGUGUGAUGACACACAGAAUUAAAUAUAAUCGACUUGAAAGAUUAACUUGGUUCCUCUCUCCACAUGCUGCCUUAUCUUCAGUGUACUUCCAGCAUUGUUCAUAUUAUUUCAGAUUUCCAGUAAUUGGUUUUCAGUCCAGAGUAUUAUUAGUCUCUAAUUGGGACUAAUAAUUGUAUUUUCCUUGAAAGCAAACUUUACUAAAUUAUCAUUGAUGGAAGGCUUCACUCAUGAAGGAACUGGGUGUAAGUGAAAAUAAUGCAUGUUAAAUAAGUAGUAUUUGGUAUCAUUGAAAUUUUGCAGUUUACAAAAACUGAACAAUAGUGAAAUUGGCUCAGAUUUUGUGGUCAUCAGUGAAAAUAAAGUUUUCCAGGAAGAUCUAGCCAUCUGUAUGGCAUGGAUUUCAAACUGUCCAGCAUUAGUUGCUAUGAAGGGAUUCAGGGGAUCUCUAACAUCCAGCAACACAGAUGUCAUCAACCUGGCUAAGCAACUAAUCACAUAGAAGAAUUCUCAAAAAUGACAAACCAAGAGUUGAAAAGCACUAAUCUUUUAACUAACUCUUUAAACAUUUUACAAAGAGUAAUAUUUAAAUAGAAACUUAAAUAUCACAAAUUAUUUUUUUAGAAACAAAAUAACGUUUUUAUUUUAAAAGACAAUAACUAACUGAGGGAAUGACAAUCCACACAAAUUACCAUUAUGGUCCACAAAAGAUGAUAGGCAGCCUUUAUGGCGUAGUACACAUUUAACAAUAUCACUGCUCCUCGAGCAACAGAGCUUAACGCUUUCAGUUUUUUUUGGGUGAUAAAAGAUAUCUGAAAUCUUCACUGAUUUACUGAUUCCUAUCAAUUAUUGUGGAGGAGAUUGCAAAAAGACAGAAAGGGAUACAAAUUCUGAAUUCCACUAUAACUGUACAUGUACUUACUCCAGACAUUUCAGGAAUAUUCCCUCCAUUAUAACAGUGAACAAUGAUAAAACAUUGUUGUUUUGUCAUUGCAAAUACAACGUAUAUGACUUUAAUGAUUUAUUAUGAAUUUAAAAAGGUUUUAACAGUAAAGCAACUGAAUAUUACAAGGGAUUUAUAUAUAAACAUGUUGUAUUAUUAGUUAUGGUGCUUUAUAGUGAAUAAUUGUAAUAUUGACUGGAAUAUGUAUUAGGAUGGAGUUCAGUAUGGAUUAGAUACAUCUCUGACUUCACCAAGUAAUGUCUAAAUAUAUGUUCAUGUCCAUACAAAUGAACAUCAUUCACCACUUCACAAAGUAAAUAUUGUUAAAAAAAACAACACAAAAUGAACAGCAACAUUUGUAACCUAUUUUUUACUAAUAUUAAAUUGAGGUUAUAAACUUCCUGACAAAGUUUGUAAAAGCAUAACUAUGUAAUGCAAUUCCACAGCAACUAAUCUGCCAAUGGUGCACUUAGGUAAUAUAUUUUUAUCCUUCAAGACAAACCACAGGCUCUGUUCAGGUUUGUGAAGUUUGGUUUCCGUUUGAAUUAAAGUAAAUCUUAACAAAAGCAUCACGGUUCUAUCAUAACUAUUAUACUGUCCCCAGAAGCAAUGGGAAUAUCAAAGUAUUUUCAGCAAAAAGAAUAAGGUAAAUACAGUAAUAGUAAAAUUACAAGAAAUGCAGAGGUCAAAAUCCGUCAUUUGUUUAAGAAACAGUGGUUGUGCAAUUAAAAAAAACACAUCAAUGAAUAGUUCCAUGCUUUUAAAGCUCUUCUGAUAUACAUGUACUAUGAGAUAACAAAGUAAUCGAAUAUAGCAAAAUGCAAGUGGAAACUAAUGUUUCUAAUGCCUGUUUGGAUGUUGAAUGUUUCUGCUGAGUGCAGUUCCACACACACCUUGACUGUGGUUUUCCUUUUACCUGCAUUCCACACAUCAUCACUUUAAGAACCACUUUUGGACAAAAAUCAGCAAUCUCCUUAAUGACAAUUCCAUAAUCUAGGCUGUUUCUUUUUUCAGAGGAGCAAUAAAAAAAAACAGCGCAAUGCUCAUAACAAUUACAGUACUGUGUAAAAGAGCUUUAUUUUUUCUGCCUUAAAUUCACAUUAUGCUGCCAACUUUCGGAAAAAAAUCACAGAUCAAAGAUGUCUCCAAAUAAAAAUAAUUUGUAUAUUUCUACUUUCACUAAGUGCUUAAUUAUUGAUGCACAAGGAUUGGUAUUUCCAAAUACAUUUCUAAGAAACCAAUUAUAGUUAUGGAAGACCAAGUCCAACAUAAGUAGAAAAUCUUGAGGGUUUCUUAGUUUUAUGUGUAUAUUCAUUUAUACUUCAAAUUUAUCAUUUGGGUACCUAUGCAAAAAUCUCCAGUUAAGGAUUGUAUGGGAGUCUGUCCAUUGAGAGUUCAAGUGGAUAAAGCAUCAAGUGAGUUUUUCAAUAUCCAGUGAACUUCACCACUGAAUGCCAAUAAAAAUGUAGAGUAUGCAUCACUUGUAGACAUUUGGAAGUACAUUACUAUUAAGUCAUAGUUACGUAGUUAAAGCAACAGAUAGUCACAGGUAUGACAUUGUGAUAUAUUAAUUUGGAUCUUAAUGGUCCAUCCCUGAAAUGAUUUCAUGUUGUUUAUUCAUUAAUUGUAUGUAAGAUUAAGCAUGUCAAGCAAAAUCAGCUCGUAAACCUAUAGACUGCCAUCAAUAUGAGAUGUUUUAUAUACUGCCUUUAAAUCUAGAUUAAUCAGUAGAUUAGAGUGUGUCACAGUAAAUGUUGCUCUAAAUAAUGUAAAUAAUGCUGUACUGUAUGUAUAAAUAUAAUAGUUCAGGAAAAGAAAUACAGUGUCACAGCUACAGCAAAUUGACAUAAAGGUACACAUCCUUCUCACCAAAUUUGUCAAACCUACAAAGUGUGGGUAGAGAGUAAUUUUCAGUGCAAUGAUAUUAUGCUGAACUGUCAGUAAAUUUAAUUGGAGACAUAGUGUACACAUUUUAAUUACAUCCUUAUAAUAUUUCAAUGGCUAUUGAAAGGCCUACAAUUAUAUAGCACAUUGCAGUGACUUUCAAAUAUCAGACAUUUUAUGUUCUUCAAUUAAUUUGAUGUGUUGUGGCAAUUUUUUGUGAACAGUAAUCAUGAUAAUUCAUUAACAUUGAUAUAAAUGUGAAUGGAUUCUACUGAAGUGAUAAAGUUAUUAUUUGCUUUUUCUGUCUAUGGGUGCUAUUUCCAAAAUGUUAAUGGCAAGGAGCAUUACAUAAAUGAGAGCCAAUUAAUUCUAAAAAUAAUGGACGGAAAGAUUUGUUAGACCUUUACACCUUUUUAUCUCACAGUAGCUCUAACUAAAUACUGCUAAUAUUUAACCUUAAAUAUAAAUGGAUUUUUCAAUUACUUAAGAUAAGUACUUGCCUUUCAUAAUGAAAGUGUUUUAUUUUAUUGUUAGCCGUAGCUCAACUGUUAGCCGGUUCAAGACCCUUUGCAGGACUUUGGCAUAAAAAGCUAGGCUCAAACUCUUGUAUGGGAGACUAGUAUCCUGCUAAAAGUGCCACUUGCUUUCUAACUGAACACUUGUAUACUCUCUCAAGUGACCAUAACAAUCUUCUGGCAGUACUUUGAAAGGAAAAAGUGGAGUUAUAUCUGAUAUCCUACAUAAUAUGCUUCACAGUGUUAAAAAAAAAAAAAAGGUCAACAUCUGGCCAUUCUCAAUUUGCCAUUUUAUGGUUGCAUUUCCUUUGUCCACCAGAGUUUUCAAAAGUCUGAAGAAGGGUUUCGGCCCGAAACAUUGCCCAUUUCCUUCGCUCCAUAUAUGCUGCCGCACCCGCUGAGCUUCUCCAGCACUUUUGUCUACCUUCAAAACUAUUUAAUUUGGAUAUGUGUUUUAUGAUAUCCUGAUAGGUAAUGUGUUAAUUGAUUGUCUAUUUUGAGUAACUUUAACAGAUGUAUAAUAUAGCUACAUCUUUUACCUCAAGAAAAUUUGAAUGGAAGAACGUGUAGAUUGCUUGACUGUAAUGCAAAUCUACACAUUCAGAUGCUCACAGCAAACAACUUAGCUAGUUGAAACAGUAAGAAUUUGUUUAUUUCCCUGUCAUUUAAUUUUGCACAAUGGGAAAACACAGUUAAUAAAAAAAAAUCAAAUGAUCCAACUUCCAGAAAAGUCAUAUUGUUCAGAACAUACGCAGAUCCUUCAUACAAUUAUUUGAUAUUGAAAGAAGGAGAGAGAGAGAGGGGGGGGGGGGGGGUAUGUGAUAGAAGCAAACUGAGAAUGUCAAAACAAGGGAAGGUGGAUUUUGUGGUGAUUGGGAAGAUGCGGAAAUUGUGGUGAAUCACUGACAACUGAAAAGAAAUGAGAAUUAAAAUUAAACUAAAUUGGCAUUACAGAAACCAAUGAGUUCAAGGUAUGUAGCAAAAAAAUAAGUAAGAGAUAUAAUGGCCAAUGGUUUGAGAGUUGGUAAUAAAAAACAACAGAACCCUCCAGUAAAAUGCAAACUUCAAAAUAAUGCAUAUUCCAUUUGCAAAAAAAGAAAAUGGUUAACAUGUUAUUAGUUCAACUGAGCAUCGUUUGACAGAAUUAACUUAUCAUUUGUUUUAUUUGUUUGAAAUUGUGCGAUUAUAUCCAGCCAACUAGUUUUUGUGCACUACUGAAUUAACAACUGUUUAAUUGAAUUUAAUGAGACACACUGCAGUAUUGAGUCAAUAUAUGAAAUGAACCUGGCUCGGUGUGAAUCUGUUUGAAUGGUGCAUUUUUAAGUAGGCUGCAAUGUAAAAUUAUGAGAAGAGGCUGAGUAUGACAAAAUAAUUUGAGGCAGUACAGGUGACCUUAUGCUCUGAUUUGAGGCUGUGGCUUACUUUAAGUGUUAUGGGAUUCAUAUUUGUUAAAUAAUAAAUUAAGCUUUAAAACAAUUAUAGCAGAUGGUCAAUGGUCCUGUAAGAAUAGUUGAACAGUCAGGAGUUGAACCAUAUUUUUAUCACAAUGUGAUGUCCUGCAGUUAGAUUCAGUGUCCAUUGGUUAGAAAAGGAGAGAUUGGUUCAGAUUCAUGAUUCUGAAUACAUUCACAUCAAAAGUAAUCAUGUGAGUGAAGUAUCAAAGAGAGACCAACACCUGUAAAGUUGUAAGCAGCAAAAUGAUAAAAAUAUUUUAAACAUAUUAGCCAGUGGUAAAGAUUUGUACAAGCAUUUUAAGAGUUAUGCACAUCCAUCAUAGAAAUCACAUCAGGUCUCCAUGUGUGACUCAUGGUAUAAUAUUUAGGCAUGGACAUUAGGUUUACAAUUUUCUUUAUCACAGUUCUACAUCAGGUAAAGGGCAACAUCACCAAGUUUAGAGCUUUUUUUUCUUUAACAUGAGUUUAUUCUACAGAAUAUGAAAGUUCACUGAAAUUCUGAAAUUUCCAAUUUAACAAAAUGAUGGAAGUGCCUAAUUUUUCCCUUUUACCCCAAAGUUUAUUACACGUCAGCCCUAUUCCUUCUCCUGACUUAUACACUGACAUUGGUUCCAAAUAGUACAUUGUCCAGUCUUUUCAGUCUUCCGUCAGCUAUUGAUAGGCUAUGGUAACAGCCAUAAAACGUACCAAGAAGAUUUUCUUUAGACCAGUUUGUCCCUGAUAUCUCUUUUAGUAUAAACAUUUCUCCAAAUGUAAAUCUAUGCCAGCAGUACAGAAAUGUUGUUUUCCCUGCAGCCCAUUUCCUCAACAAAAUAUUAAAGAGUUGUCAAUCCCUGAUGCCCUUGUAAACAAAAAAAUGACCAGUAGUGUUUCUGCUAGGUUUACCAGAAUUGAACAUAGGUUAAACUAAUAGGGUAGGAAAGAACUGCACAUGCUGGUUUAAAUUGAAGGUAGACACAAAAUGCUGGAGUAACUCAGCGGAACAGGCAGCAUCUCUGGAGAGAAGGAAUGGGUGACAUUUCGGGUCGAGACCCUUCUUCAGACUGAUGUUAGGGGAGUAUAACUGCUAUUCAACUGUUGUAAAAUACACAACACGGUUUGCAUGGAUAACCUGCGGUUGCAACAAAUGUUUUCUUAGUUUAACCUAAAAUGGCACUUUAUAGUUUUUGGCUGUGCCUGUUUCAGAUGAUUUGUUGUAAUAUGUUAUAAUAUAUAGCCCACCUUAGGCUCAAAUUGAUCACUGCAUUAGAAGCUUUACAAAUUAUUCACUUCUGCAAGUUAAACUGUUUUGCAAUAGUAAAAUUUGAGCAUUAAAGCUGAAGAGAGAAUUAAGGUUAUCAGAGAACUGAAUCAUUAAACAAUUGGAAUUGGUUAAAUCAGCCGAAUGGUAUUAUGGAGUUUGGUUACUGCAAAAUACAUACAUUAUUCUCCAGGUGUUGCAUGUAUAUUUAAUCAACUUUCAGUGUGGUUACCUGUUGCACCUAUGCAGUUUAGAAUAUGUAAUUGUAAGGUUCUCUCCAUUAAUUAUAAUGUUUAUUGCUAUCUUAACUCUGGAGUAUAAGGAGAUGUUUAUUCUACCAUUAGUUAAUUAGAAUUCCAUUGCUUAUUUUGAACUAAAUUGGACAGAACAAAUAAGCCAUGUGCACAUAGUAACCAAUUUCUUUAAGCUUACCUUUAUGUAAAAAAAAAACAAAUUACAAUGUUCAAAAUAACAUAGAAUUUUGGCUCUCAACGGCUUUAUAUUUAGUCUGCUCGUAUUUAGAAAAAUCAUUGUAAGUAACCCAAGAGAUUUUUUGAAAUUAAACUCUGAUACUUUUCAAGACAUGAUCCCAGUUAUAAUGGGAUUGUAUUAAUGCUGCCCUUCUGCACUGGCACCCUUGAAAGAGGUGUGGUCAGUGCGAAGGAACCUCAUUUUCCUCAGAGCUUACAGGAGAAAGCCCCCUUUUGGGUGAAAUUGUAGUGCAUUCUUGCCUCAUGCCCAAAAGAACUCCCUCAUUCUUCUCCAACUGGGAUCAUGCAUGUUUAUGAAGUUUUGUCACAUUUGUAUUAUUUUUAACCAAUUGUUUUCUGUUCAUACCUGUGUAUGAAUAAAAUUCCAUCUUACAAGUUAAAUGAAAUAGUAAAACUUAGCUUUUUUUUAACAAUCUUAUUUUGUUGCAUCAAAUUAUGUUUAUAGGUGCAGGUACCUGUAUGAUUGGUUUGGCGUGCAAAUCAGGUGGUUGCCGUAGUCUGAUGCCAAAAAAGAUUUUUAGAUCAAAAAUAUGUUCAUAUUUAUAGUAUUUUUGUGUCAUUGCUUUUAACUUAGAGCAUUCCUGAUUCAUGUUUGCUGCUAAUUUUACGCCUUGCCAGGGUCUACUUUGUAGAAUGUGUUAAAAUAGGGAAUAAGAAUGCAUUGGCAAGAUACACCAAUGCUGAUGCUGCUUGUGUUGGGUGGACGUUUGCUGUCUGCAUCUUGUGUUUUAUUUUAGCUUGAACUGUUCUUAGCCACAAAGUCUUUAUAUUUUGGAAAUAAAUACAUCUGUAGUAUGUACAA